AUGCCGGCAACGGACUCAAGAACGGACCGCCAACGACAGUCACGGACAAAUUCAAGUGUCUCGACACUACCCGCUCCUCCGGGCACCGACACCUCGAAGACAGAGGGGCCGUCGGAGCGUUCACAGCGGGAGGAGGAUGAAGAGUUACUAGGGAUGGACUUCGGGUUUCUCCCCAUACCCUCUCGAGCGCGUUAUGAUCCCAAACAUCCUGCACACUUCGGCCUGGCGAUGAACGCGCUUUUUGGGUUGGCAAGUACCUUCAUUGUCGCGAACCUGUAUUACUGCCAGCCGCUGCUCAUCCAGUUUGCGGAUUCUUUCGGAGUCACCGAGAAAGAAGUCUCGACAAUACCGACGUUGGUACAAGCUGGCUAUGCCGUAGGCCUCCUCUUCAUCUCGCCCCUGGGCGACCUCGUCCGGAGACGACCGCUUAUUUUGCUCCUCAACUUCAUCACCGGCUCGCUCACAAUCGGUCUCGCCAUCACCACCAAUCUUGCCGCCUUCGAGGUCCUCUGCUUUUUUGUCGGAGUAUGCACCGUCGUACCGCAGAUCCUCAUGCCCCUCGCAGUGGACCUCGCACCUCCCGAACGUCGCGCCUCUGCGUUAUCCAUCGUUCUCUCAGGACUACUCUUCGGUGUACUUAUCGCACGAGUCCUCUCCGGCGUGGUUGCUCAAUUCGUCACCUGGCGCGUCGUUUAUUUCGUAUCUAUUGGGGUUCAGUUCGGCAUCCUCGCGCUGUUGUACUGGAUGCUUCCCGACUACCCCGCAAAGAACAAGGGUGCGACCUACUUCGGCAUCCUCUUCAGCAUGGGCAAGUUCUGCGUCACGGAACCCCUUCUUGUGCAAGCCAUCCUCAUCACCAUUCCCUCGAGUGCGACGUUCAGUGGAUGGUGGGUCACGUUGACCUUCCUUCUCGGUGGAGAUCCGUACAACUACUCUACUGUCGUCAUUGGUCUUUUCGGUCUCGUGGGUAUGGUCGGCGUCGCAAUGGCGCCCCUCAUCGGUCGCACCAUCGACAACCUCGUCCCAUGGUCCGCCACGCUCGUCGCCAUCGUCGCCCUCGUCGCCACCUUCGCCGUCCAGACCGCCGCCGCCGGCCUCUCCGUCGCCGCGGUCGUCAUCGUCUGCAUCGGCCUCGACGUCUUCCGCCAGACGCAGCAGGUCUCGCUCACCUCCGCCGUCCUUGGCCUCGACGCCGCGGCGCGCUCGCGCCUCAACGCCGUCCUCAUCCUCUCGCUCUUCAUCGGGCAGGUCAUGGGCACGUCGGUCAGCGCGCAGGUGUUCACGCAGCACGGGUGGCGGCCGACGGCGGCGCUCAACCUCGCGUGGACCGGGUGGGGGCUGUUCGUCCUGUUCUUGCGCGGCCCGCACUGCCCGCGGUACACGUGGAUCGGGUGGCAGGGAGGGUGGGAGCUGCGCAAGAGCGUUGUUGAUGCUCGGACGCGGGAGGAGAAGGAGAGGACGGAGCAGGGUGUGGUGGGCACGGACGGUGCGGAGGCAGAGGAUAGGAAAGAGGAGCCACGGGUUUCGGACGUGCCGGUACGAGAUGAGAAGAAGGGAGAAGAGGCUGUUUGA